AUGUCACUAAAGCUAGGUACACUAACAACAGUAGUAAUCUCUUCCCCCAAAGCUGCAAAAACAGUGCUUCAAACACACGACUUAAUCUUCUCCAGCAGAACAAUUCCCUGCGCCGCCGAAAUCCUCAGCCACCACGAAUUCUCCAUUGCGUGGCUCCCCGCCGAGAAUCGAUGGCGGAAGCUCCGAAAAUUAUGCCAAGAGCAGAUGUUUUCCGUCGCCAGGCUGGACGCCAGCCAGAAUUUGAGGAGAGAGAAGCUGCGGAAGCUCCGCGGCUACGUCGGAGCCUGCUCUGAAACGGGCCGGGCCGUGGAUAUCGGCGACGCCGCAUUCACGACGGCGUUGAAUUUGAUGUCGGCGACUCUUUUCUCGUUGGAGUUCGCGCCGGAGUUCGAUUCCGAUUCGUCGCAGGAGAUGAAGGACGUUGUUUGGGGGGUGAUGAAAUGCGCCGGCAGCCCUAAUUUUGCGGAUUAUUUCCCAAUUCUGAAAUCGGUCGAUCCUCAGGGGAUCCUCAAAGAAGCAAAGAUUUAUUUCCAGAAAAUUAAAUCGACUACGUGUUUGAGAUUCUCCCUAUUAAAAGAAGUGUUGAGGGGGUUAGCCCGCAUGGGUGUAGCUCAACUGGUUCCGAGAUGGUAA